UAUAAAAGUCAAAGCAACAUCAAAUUCUAGGACCGCAGAGAUAAACCCAGCAAGACUUCUUUAUAAUUUAAUAUCCAUUUUAUACACAAGGACAGCAAACAUGGGCUGUGGACAUUCAGCAACAGCUCAGCUACAGAAACAAACUGUCUUUGAAUCUAAAGAAGCUGCUCAAUGCGUUUACAGGAUUCCUGCUCUUCUGUAUGAGAAAGAAAGUAAAACUUUACUUGCCUUUGCAGAGCAGAGGAAGACUUCAGAUGAUGCCAGUGGAGAAAAGCUGGUUAUGAGAACAGGAAAGAUGAAAGAGGAAUCCUCUGAGAAGAGAGUUGAGUGGUUAGAGCUCAAAGAGGUGGAAAAGGCACUUAUUAAAGGAUACCGUUCAAUGAACCCCUGCCCGGUGUAUGACACGGUCAACAAAAAACUUUUCCUGUUUUUCAUCUGUGUUGAAGACGGUAUCACUGAGAGUGACCAAAUAGAAAACUGUGACAACAGGACCCGUCUCUGCUACAUCACAAGUAACAAUCUUGGAAAAGCCUGGAGCGAUGUGACCGAUUUGACGGACGAACUGAGUGAAAUAAAAAACUGGUCCACAUUUGCUGUUGGGCCAGGCCAUGGGAUUCAAACAGAGAGUGGUAGACUGAUUAUCCCAGUUUAUGCUUAUUGCAGUAGUACUUGCCUCUUGCAUUGCUGUUGUAAACCAGUUGCAUGUUCGUUCAGUUGCUGUUGUAAAUCAUAUGCACUCUCGCUGUAUAGUGAUGAUCCUGAUAAAAGUUGGAAAUUUGGUCAAAUGUUGCAAUCAGAAUCAUGCGAAUGUCAAAUGGCAGAGGUCUAUGAAGACAACGGCUCCAGUUUCAUUUAUUGCAAUGCUCGAAGUUUUUGCUGCUCUCGAGUAGAAGCUAUCAGUGUGAAUAAAGGUUUUACCUUCAGCACAUUUAGAUGCACUAAGCUUACAGAAACAAAGUGCUGCUCAGGAUGUCAGGGAAGUGUGGUCUCCUUUCCAUCUCAAGAACAAAUUGGAACUGCACAAAGUGAUCCAAACCAAAACAAUUGGCUGCUGUUCACGCACCCAACCAGUAAAUCGCACAGGAUUGAUCUCGGUGUGUAUGUGAACAAAUCCCCACGUGAUCCAAAGGCAUGGAGCAACCCCUGCAUCAUUAAUGAGGGACCCAGUGGUUACUCAGACCUGGCUUACAUUGAUGAUGGCUGGUUUGCAUGUCUGUUUGAGUGUGGGCAGCAGGAAAUACAUGAGCAGAUAGCCUCUGUUGUCUUUAGCUAUGAGGACAUCACCAAGAAAUAAAGUGAAGAAUAGAAAAUAAA